GAGGGAAGACCUCGAUUAGACUAACGUCACUAAAACGGUGACGUAAUUGCUUUCCCGAGAACUGCACCCUUCCCACGUAGACAAAUUCCAAACGCCACGUGUCACUCUCUUUUCUCACUCCCCACCUCACGCACUCCGCCUUCUCUCUCAUCCUCUCAGAACACACACAAAAAAAAACGCAGAAAACAAAAUCGAACGAAUAAUAAAACGACGACGAAGAAGAGAAGAGAGAGGAUUCCACCGCCUGUGAUGGAUAGCAGUCUUCUCAUCGACGACGCCGUUUCCGUUGCUCCGAAGCCCAAUCUGAAACGCCCAUGCUGCUCUAUUUUCCCCGACUCGAGCAGGAUUCUGAGCUCCAAAUCGAAUCCAAAUCCACUGGACGCGCUCCUGGAAUCGUUUCUCGAACUCUCCGAUUCGUCCGCGGUUGCUCUCGACCUAUCCUUCGAUCGGAUUCUCGAAUCCAGGCACUACGACUCGGACCAGAAUGACGUCAUCGACCGAGCUCUCCGGCUCGGCUCUGCUCUCACUGAAGCUGCCAAUCGAUCCGCUAGGAGGCGCGCUUCCGUGCACAACGCUUUCGUUUGGGCUCUACCAUUGGAUCUUACUAUUAAGGUAUUUUCAAUGCUCGAUACUCAAAGUGUAUGCCAUGCAGCAGCUACAUGCUCUUUUUUCCAUAAGUGUGCUGCUGACCCGUUGUGCUAUUCCAAUAUUGAUUUGACCACAGUAGUGCCUAAGAUCAACAAUAUGGUAGUUUCAACUAUGAUCCAACGAGCUGGAAAAGAUCUGCGGUCUCUUAAGCUUGGGGUUGUACCCUGUCCUGAUGCUGCAUCACUAGGCUCGUCUCAACCACUGGUUUAUUCUAUGAGGAAUUCCUCAGACACUUCAGGAUUUUCUUGGAAUGACAAAAGGUCUAGACAGGGAAAAGAGUCAUUUAUACUUAGUAGAUCUUGCUUGGCUCCGUUGAUUGCUGAUGGUGGUGCGCUGGGUUCUCUAUUGAGAAGGCUACACCUGUAUAAUAUUGAUAGAAUGGACAAUACAGCAUUUGGAGCUGCAGUAUCAGCUUGCCCUUCUUUGCUCGACCUAGAAAUUGUUGGCCUUCAUGUGGAGCUGAGGCAGACACUGGAGUCAGUGAGUAGAUCUUGUCCUCUAAUAGAGCGUCUAUAUUUUGAAUCAUCAAAAACAGGUAGAGAUGACAGUUUAAAAUUACCGACGUGCAAUGAUCUAGUGACUAACUGCCCGUCUUUAUCCUCAUUGUCACUAAGAGGAUUUAAAUUGCAUGACAUUAAAGUUCGGACACUUGUUAAGGGAUUCCGCAAACUGAAGUAUGUUGACUUUUCAACAUCCUACUCUAUUACUGGUGACUUUCUCAGGAAUCUUGGUGGCAAUGCAGGUGCAAACUUACUAGAGGUCUUGAUUUUACGGGAUUGUAUGCACUUGAGAGAAGCUGAAGUUUCUCGAUUGCUGUCAGCAAUGCUUGCCGGACGCUUCGUGUACCUUAGGCACCUUGACAUAUCCAACCGAGAGGGACUGGCAUCGGAUAAUGACUGGUCCCGUCGAAGUUUCACCCCAAGUUUCAUGUCUCUAGGCGAGCUAUUGGACGAAAGACCUAAUUUGUGUGUGCUCGCAGAUUUUCCUACAGAGGGAAGUUUCGUAGAAGAGCCAAUGACCAGCAGUGGUGUGAACAGUGAGAGUGACUCACUGACAAGCAGCCAUACAUCCGACGAUCCAUUGGUGUUUACGAGUUCAUCGGAGAGCAGUUAUAAUAGUGAUCAAAGUCAUCCAAUUCUCGAGGAAAGUUCCGAUGAGGUGGAUUACUUGUAGAGCUUACAAUUUACAGGUUAUGCUGUAAAAGGUUGAGUAUACCGAAGGUGAUUGCUUAUUUCCCAUGAAAUUUAUUCUUGUAUUUUUCUCUCACUUAAAUUGCUUAUAGCGCGUGGUUCAAUAAUUAUGCUGUUCAGUAAAACAAUUGCUGAAAAAAUGCAUGUUAACAUAUGCGAACGCUUUCGAGUUUUGUGUUUCUAUGUUUGGAGAUGGUAAACGUUGUAGCUUUAUUAAGAUUGGGCUGCAUAGUGGCUAGUGUGUUCAAAUUCAUGUAUUUGUUAAUAUGCCCAUUGCGAAGCCUGUUCUGGAUUCUA